AGCUAUUAGUGUAUUUACAAAGCUUUGCUACGUUCCGUUUAGAUGUUAUGCCUGGUAAAUUAACACUAGGUGUUAUUUGCCCUAGACUUCACAAUGUGUCGGCUGUGGUGACAACAACAUAGCCGACUUGACAGAGGAAUGGAAAUGGACAGCAACAUUUACAAGCAUGUAUGUCACAGUGUGCGUUGGAUUGUAUGCCCUUUUUGUAAAUGCGUUGCUGAAGCUCUAGUAGUCGCCAAGGGCGUCAUCAACAUGAUCUCAGCCCUUUCGCCUCUCAGUUGGUGGAAGAGACCAUUACAAAAAGCCCUUGGUCCUCACAUGCAUGCGGGUGAAGUUUUCGAGGAAUGCUUUGAAUGGCUAGAGUUCAGUCGAAGAACAACUAUCCUUUUCAAGUCCCUUGUUAAAGAACUUGAGGACCUAUUUGAACAACUUGAGGAAGACUCCCACUCUGGAGACUGCUCUGAUGAUUGCUCUGUAGCCACCAUCACACAAUGCAGAAGAACAUGUUAUUUGACCAGUGGUAGCCCUAAAGAGGACACAACUGAAUAUAACAUAGUUGUGUGCCAAAAUUCUACAAAGGCCUUGCUGCCAAACGCCUCAUCAGGUCACGUGGAGCCCAAAUCUAUGACAGCCAGGCACAAACUCAUGACUGUUGCUAAGGAAGCAAGCCUAACUCCCCUCUGCAACCAUCAACGGCAGCAUGCCCACCAGGGAGGAGCCCGCAAGCGCUGGAGACGUGUUUUGCUGGUGAUCCGUAUCGUGAGGGUGCUGUGGUCACUCACAAAACCAAAAGGAGAACGACGGUCUACUCGUCCUGCCAAGUCAAGGGUAGGCCUAUAUACCCCAGCCAGGCCUCUCCUGCUGCCUGCUGCAGAGGCCAAAUCUGCACCCAUCAUGAUGUUCUCCGAAGGGCCCCAAAUCAGCCUGAUUUCACAGGAGCUCAGAGGGAAACUGGAGUCCCAUGUGCGACGCAAACUAACUCAUCGAGUUUUUGGCUUUCCAGCUAAGCUUAAGAAGCUGCUAGGUGGCACUGCAGGAUCCUUGCUGAAAUGUCAGGGCACAGGUGAUGGAGAGCGUUUGAAAGUUUGAAGCGAACCCGAACAGAAAUGUUGCUGCGGACCUUAAGAAUGCUGAAUUACUGAAUGUAAUUGACCUCAAGAAGAGACCAAGGCUUUUUUGUUAAAAAAUAUAUAUAUUGCUGGGGGAAAAAAUAGAAUUGAAUUCAGAAUUUUAGGACUCUCAAGUUCCAAAUAGGCUUCUAACCCCUAUGUGCAGCAGGUGUUAAUUCAGUUCUGUGUGUCUUUUAAUUUCUCUAUCUUUAGAUUAAAAUAUGAAAGGAAAACUGAA